AAUGAUUUUUAUUUGGUACAGUGUCACUAGCAUUGGACAUUAAAGAGAACAUGUUUGAAUUUGCCUAUAAACGAAUAGUUAAAACUCAACUAGCUUCAAAGCUAGUGCUAAUAUAACAUGAUUUGCUAGUAACUAAUGUAAUGUGGGAAUUGGAAGAAUUUUAACACCAAUAGUGUGAAGGCUUUCGCGUUUUUAUCCAUAGCUUUAGGCUUAGAAUUGAUCAUGAACUUUAGUAUGGGGACUGGGUCAACUUUAGCAUCGGGUUUUCACAUUUUUAUCAAUAGCCUUUAGCUGAAAACUGAAAAUCUCUUUUACACUUCAUUAAGAGCCGCAGACAUUUGUGCAAAUACUAGUAAAACUAGCAUCUUACAGUCUGCAUUUUUAAUCCAUGGCCUUAAGCUGAGAUUUGAAGUUUUCUUUUGCACUAAUGUAUAAUGUCAUCCUGCAGUUUAAGCAAAACAUUGAUUAGGAAAAUAUCUAACCUGUAGUUGACUCUCUUGUCUCUUUAUUUUUUGUUGGGGUGAGUCUUUGAGGUCCUUUAGUUUUCAAUUGCUUUGACAACAAUUUUGUGAUUCCAAGAUAUUGGUCUGAAUGCAUCACAUAUUGCUAUGUUUCUCUGCUCUUAUCUCCAAAAGAUUUGCUCUCAUGUUUUGGCAUUGUGUUAUCAUAUUAGUCCUGGGUUGCCUACAAGGAAUCGAACUGGAUUACUGCACUACUUUGGGCGGUCUUGCUGUUCUGUUUAGGAAGUUCCUGAAUCUUUCAACUCAAGAAUCUAUACAGGAUCCAAUUUACUUUGUCCUAUUACGACGCCAGAAAAAGAAUGAAACAGAACAAAGGAGGAAGUGUUCUCUUUUAACUGCAAGAAUUCUAUCUCUUGUUUUGGGCUGUCUGAUGCUAGGGACACUGAUUUACACCAUUGUAACUGAUGGUUCUCCAUUUCGCAGAGAUGUUUUCACUCCGUGGCUGUCAGCAACACUAGUUGAUUUCUAUGUCAAUAUUGUGGCUCUCUCGGUCUGGGUUGCAUAUAAGGAAUCAAGUUGGCUAAGUGCAGCUUUCUGGAUAAUACUAUUAAUUUGUUUUGGCAGCAUCAGCACAUGCGCCUAUAUUGCUCUACAGCUUUUCAGUCUCUCAUCUCAAGAUCCCGUCUACCUUAUUCUUUUCAGCAGCCGCAACAGGGCAGAAAACGGGUAUGAAGGAAUCAACUGAGUACGAAGCUUUAUGCCUAAUUUGGUUUGAUUUGAUAGUGGAACUCUUGAGCCAUUCUUAUUUUUUAAGAAUACGUUAACUGUUAUAAAUAAUAUUAAAAAUGAAUGUCCAUGUAUUAUGAAAUUACUUAGACCAAAUUAUGGCCAAGUGGCAUGGCUUUCAACAGGUAGGCCUUUCAACAAAUGUCUAAGACCCUCAACAAGUGGCAAGGCCUUUCAACAAAAAUAUCAAGACUUUGGACAAGUGGCCAAAUCCUUUCAUGCAAAAGUGCCUAUAAAUAGGCCCAAACACUUGAAGAAUAUUAAUGAAGAAAAGUUUAUCAAUUAUCUCC